AUGCGCGGCGCGCCGCCGUCGCCGUCGUGGUACGGCGCGCACGCGGCGUGCGCGACGCGCGAUGGUGGUUUAGUCUACGCGUCGGAUAAGGCGGUGUGCGUGCUGGACGGGGAGACGGGCGCGGUGCGAGGACUCGUGGGGACGAAGGCGCGGGCGCUCGCGGUGUGCGCGGCGACGACGAGCGAGACGCGGGAGGGCGAGGACGACGAGGGAGGAGGCGCGCGCGAGGUCGUCGUGUGCGGGUGCGCGGAUAAGGUUUUGAGGACGCUCGACGCGCGCGCGAUGGCGUUCGUGGGGAAGACGAUGACGGGAGGACAUAAACACGAGGUGACGGCGACGUGCGCGCGGGGCGCGGGCGAAGUCGCGAGCGGAUGUCGAGACGGGACGGUGGCGGUCUGGCGCGUGCUGGGGAACGGAUCGCCGACGUGCGCGUACAAAGCGAUCGAUGGACCGAUCACGUGCAUGGCCGCGGUUGGGGACGUGAUCGCGGUGGGAGGGGCGAAUGGGACGGUGUGCGCGCUCAACGCGAGGAGCGGCGCGACGCAUCGCGUGGCGGCGAGCGGAUACGGGGAGAUCACGUCGCUCGCGUGGACGACGGGUGGCGUGGGAGAGGGAGAGACGAAGGAUCUUUUAGCUGUGGGUAGUCGAGAGAGACGAGUGACGAUAUGGGCCUUGGAGGGUGACAAGCUCGUGAACACGCACGAGUUGAGAUUGCCGAAACCAAAGGCGGCGCUGAGCGAAGCGCAACGCGGUCGCGUGUGGGUCGCCGUCGCGUGGUCGCCGCGCGCGAGCGGUGAUGACAAAGGUGACAAUGAGUGCGUGGAAUUAGUUACGUCUGGACAAGGUGGGGAUUUGCUUUCGUGGCGCGUACCUUUGAAAUUCGGCGACGGCGUGGAAGAAGUGACGGAGGCGAAAACGUUUGGGCCGAGAGACGUCGCGCACACUCGAACGGUGUUCACCAUCGAUAUUGCCGACGACACGUGUUGGAGUACGAGUUUAGAUAGGAAAGUAGCGUGUUGGGACUUGGAGACGGUCGAGCAGCGGUGGUCGUUCACCGCACUAGGUGGAUACGUGUACGAUUUAGCGACGGACGCCGAAGAUCCAUUCGCGGUGGCCAUCGCGUGCGGCGAUGGAACCGUGCACGGGUGGGAUCUGUCUCCCACGCUGUCCAGUGGGUUAGGAGAGUCACUUCUUUGGAAAGGGAUUCCAAACACAAAAGUCACAGCUAUCGCGCGGAAGCCGCGAAGCGAAGUCGUAGCGUUCGGCCUCGACGACGGACGCGUCGGAUGCUUUGACGUGACAACCGGAAAGUUUGCGUGCUACCCCGAGUGUCACGGUGCAUCGGUACGCGCACUGCAGUGGUUUGAAAUAUGCAACGUCGGUGAAGAGUCUGGCACGUUCACGCUCACGAGUUUGGGUGCGGAUGGGUCGUUGUGGCGGUGGAUGGAAACAUUUGACCCGGCGUCGUGCGACACGAAAAAAUCUGGCAUAGUCGACGCGCGGAAAUUCGGCAAGUACCUCGACUUGGCACGCCUGUGCGGUGGAGAAACCGCGAAGGAUACUCGAAGCAUCGAAGCAUUCGACUAUUCAAGUGUUUUCGGGCGAUUUGCGAUCGGCUGGUCAGACGGUGAAUUGAGCGCGCAUGAUUUUGGUGAAGAAAAGUGGCGCCGGCGAGAACACAGUAAGAGCGUUUCUCGCGUGAAAUGGCAUCCUGAAUGCGACGACGAUGCGAGCGACUUCACCGCUUGGCUCGCCACUUCUUCAACGAGUGGAAGUGUCAUCAUACAUGGUGUAGGUGGUGAUGUUAUUUGCGCGCUUCCACGUGCCGCGGUCUACGACAUUGCGUGGUCGCAACAAAAGAGCGUCGCGCUUUUGGCGUGCGCUCUCCACGGCGCCAUCAAAGUUUGGCGCAUCGAUAAGACUGUGAAUGAAUUUCAUCCGGUGAAUAUCGCGGUACUGCGUGGUCAUUUUGGCAAGGUGAUGUGUGUACAGUUUGCGACGCACGAUGACGAGACGAUCAUCAGCGGGGGCGACGAUAAAACUUUCCGAGUGUGGCGUUACAAGGAUGACGAGCACGCGCCGCGCGAAAACGAAACGCCGGCGAAUAAGGACUCAGCCGCGGUGGUCGAUGAAAACGCAGCGUGCGAGUCGCCUACAAAGUCGUCGAAGACACAAAAACCGUGUGUGGUGAAGACGAAAAAGGUUAGAUCGAGCGGUCUCAGUGGGGCGUUGCUCAAGCCGUCGCACGAGGAAAGCACGCCAACAGGAAUACGCGCGAGCCAGGAAGCCGUCGUCGCUCUUGCUCGUCGCGCGUACAAAGGCGCCAACGAUCCGUUGAGCGCAAACGAAUUGAAGUAUGGACCGAGUGGCUUGGGUUUGUAUGAAGACGCCGACGCGGCGAUGGCGCUGCUGAUGAACGAGGCCAGGCUCGCAUCGGAUGAAAAUCCGUCGACGCACGAACUCGAGCGCGCGGUGGCGCUGCACAUGUAUCGAGGCGAUUACGCACACGCCGCGGCGACAGUCUUGCAAGCGAGCGAGGCGCCAAUUUCACACGAGCUCAUGUCGCUCUUUGUCGGCGGUGGAUACGACGUGUGGUCCAUCGUAGCUGCCGCGCAACGCGAGCGAUUAGAAAUCGCGGGCGAGCAUCAGCUCGCGGCGAUGGUAUCGCUGUCCUUGCACGACGUGCGAGGCGCGAUUCAGACACUCAGACGUGGCGGUUUGGUUCGAGAUGCCGCCGCACUCGCCGCCGCCAGACUCUUACCGACGGACGAACUAUUACUCGAUACGAGACGAGAGCUCGCCGCCGUGGAAGAAACGCGCGGAGGGAUGGAGUCCGCCGCCAAGGCGCACAUCUCCAUCCGCGCUCCCGCCGCCGCAGUUCGCGCGCUCAUUCGCGCCGACGCCGGCGGCGCGCUCGCCGCCGCCAAUCUCGCCCUCGAGUGUGGUUUAACCGGUCCACAGGAACGUCGAACCAUCGUUCGAGCCGCCCUCGAGCUCGCCGAGACCGACGAUUUCGAUCGCGCCGUCGCGAUGCUCGCCGACCUCGCCGCGAUUCUCCGGCGCCGAGAUUCCGACGUCGCCGUGACCGACGCCAUCACCGCCGCCACCGCGCCCGAUUCUCGCGUCGCCGUCGAGCUCACGCGGCGCCUUCGCGCCCUCGAGCUCGACGCGUAGUUCUCGCGUCGCCGACGCGACGCGACGCG